GUACACCGUUAAAGGUAGGUGGCAGAAAUGCACCGUGUUUGCAUUCCACGCUAAUAUUGUUUUUUAAAAAACUACUAAAGAACACAACAUUGUUAGUCCAUUGAAUGAAGGCUACUUCACCACUUUAUCAUUCAUCAUUCCAGCAGUGCUAAUUGCAUUGUGUUUGGUGUUUAUAGCCACUAAUCCACAGGCCAAUGACUGACGGACCAACCAACAGUGAAAAUGCCCGAGUCAGCAGGAUAACAUCUUUGUGCAGGCAGAGACAAACCAGAACGCUUGACUCCACAUUUUGUUCUUUCUUCCACACAACAAACCUGCAGCCUCUACUGUGGAAAAAAAAAAAACAACAGCUGCACAACGAGGCCGACGUGUAACAACUUUAUUUUUGAGAUGGUUUCAAGUGUAUCAGCUUGGUUUGUGCAGAGCUCGGUGAUCAUGACGAGUGAGAAGAAGGCCAGUCAAUGUGAUACCAGGAUGGCAGAGCAUCGUCGGGGAGAGAAUUCAAAGUUCCGCCGGGAGCAGGAGGAGGAACUUCUUCUCAAAGCCUGGGAGAACAUGUCCUUUGCUCUACGGCAGCAGACUGUGUACGAAGACCUCAGACCUCCAGGCCCGGUGCAGUCCUUCCUGUCCAAACAGAGGCAGUCAUCACGUAGAAGGAGGGUGUUGCAGCCCAGAUAGAAACUGGACUCAAAACAUGGUGUGAUUUUUAGGUAUUUAUUUAGUUUGCAGCGUGCCUCAUUUCACUGGCUUGCUUCUAUCGCCCUCUGCUGGCAAUUUACUCCAUUGCCUGCUGCUUGGGUUUUACCGAGGGUGCCCAAAAUUUGGAUUUUAAUUUUGAUAUUCUUCACUUUUGUGUUUAUACAGCAUGCAUAUCGAAAUCAAGGUCAAUGGUUUUUCGUUUUUGUGUGUUGUUUUGCCUCAUAACGUUUUGUUUUCUUUCCAGUGUUCUUCAUCGUGGUUAUGUGUGUUAUUUUUCUAAAAGAAAUGCGCUGUGGGCCAACAAAAAACGAGCCGCAAGACGCACUUUGGACACCACUGGGUUACACUGCAGUGUACUUUUGUGUAUCAUAUUCUAUGAAUAAAAGACAGAGUC